AAUAUUUCAAUCUUUGAAUUUAUUCAUUUUGAUUAGUUACAGAAAAAAAUAGUUCAUUGUUGUGCAUUCCUCACCACGUGUUUUUUGUUCCAUCCCUUUCAGCUGAUUUGUAUCCGUUAACAAAGUGUUUAAUAAUUUUCAACUUUGUAAACAUUGUUCGAUUUAACUAUAAAUAGAUUCAGUCAGGAAUUGACAUCCCACCGUUGCGGAGGCGAUGAGCCUGCUUAUCCGGGGUCAUUUUAUUUUCAUCUGUUCAUUACAUGAUACAGGCUACAGUAUGCGCCAAGCUUUAUGUGUCAAAGGGAGCUUAUUUUUCAUUGAAAAUUAAAAAACCCUGGCUGCUCUAGUGAAAGGUGCGACGGCCAUGAAGUAUGUGUUGGUAUCAGGAGGGGUGAUCAGUGGGAUCGGUAAGGGGGUCAUUGCCAGCAGUUUAGGGAUGAUCCUCAAAUCCUGUGGGAUCAGGGUCACCUCCAUCAAGAUCGAUCCCUACAUUAACAUUGAUGCGGGCACAUUCUCCCCCUAUGAGCAUGGUGAAGUCUUUGUGCUGGACGAUGGGGGUGAAGUUGACCUUGACCUUGGUAACUACGAGAGAUUCCUCGACAUCACCCUCCACCGCGACAACAACAUCACGACCGGCAAAAUAUACCAGCACGUCAUCAACAGGGAGAGGAGGGGGGACUACCUCGGCAAAACUGUGCAAGUUGUUCCUCACAUCACUGAUGCUGUACAAGAAUGGGUGGAGCGCGUUGCUAAGAUACCAGUAGAUGGGGACAAUAAAAUUCCUGAAGUCUGCAUUGUAGAGCUUGGAGGUACUAUUGGUGACAUAGAGGGCAUGCCGUUCAUUGAAGCGUUCCGUCAGUUCUUCCAUUUCCGAGUGAAGCGUGAAGAUUACUGCUGCGUACACGUCAGUCUUGUUCCCCAGCCUGGAUCCACAGGAGAACAGAAAACAAAACCUACCCAGCAGAGUGUGAGGGAGCUGAGGGGGCUGGGUCUGUCCCCAGAUAUAAUUGUGUGUCGUUGCCAAACCCCAGUUGCAGAAAGUGUCAAAUCCAAAAUUUCUCUGUUUUGUCAUGUAGAACCCCAGCAGGUGUUUUCCAUUCAUGACGUUUCCUCUAUAUACAGAGUCCCCCUACUGCUGACAGAGCAAGGCGUGUCAGAGUACCUGAUGAAGAGGCUCAACCUGAACCACCCCUCCCCCCACAACAACCGGUGGAUGCUGCGCUGGAAAGAUCUCGCCAGCAGACAUGAUCAGUUACUGAGAGAGGUGACCAUUGCCUUGGUGGGUAAAUACACCCAACUGGAGGAUGCCUACGCCUCAGUCAUCAAGGCCUUACAACACAGCGCCCUGUGUGUCAGUCACAGACUCAAUCUGAGGUACAUAGAGGCGGCUGAUCUAGAGCUGGAGAAACUGAAGGAGAAUCCGUCCAAAUAUCACGAAGCCUGGCACCAACUGGUCUCCGCUAAUGGAAUACUCGUUCCUGGUGGUUUUGGGAUUCGAGGAACAGAAGGGAAAAUCCUGGCUGCUAAUUGGGCUAGAACGAAAAAUGUUCCAUAUUUAGGAGUCUGCCUAGGCCUGCAGUGUGCUGUGAUAGAGUUUGCCAGGAAUGCUCUUAGCAUGGAAGGUGCCAACUCCACGGAACUCGACUCGGCCACCAAAUACCCAGUGGUGAUUGACAUGCCAGAACACAACACAGGACAAAUGGGCGGGACCAUGAGACUAGGAAAACGCAAGACCGUGUUCAACGCCAAGACCUGUAUAACUAAGAAAUUGUAUGGAAAUAAGGACUAUGUUGAAGAGAGACAUAGGCAUAGAUAUGAGGUGAAUCCUAAGUUUAUACAGAAAUUUGAGGAUGCAGGAAUGAAGUUUGUGGGGCGAAGUACUGAUGGAGAAAGAAUGGAAAUCAUGGAAUUAGAGGGUCAUCAGUACUUUGUAGGGGUGCAGUACCACCCAGAGUACAUAUCACGUCCAAUGAAGCCCUCUCCCCCGUAUCUUGGUCUACUUCUGGCUGCCACAGGGAAAAUGCAAGCCUAUAGAUCCCGGGGAUACAGGAUGUCUCCCCACUUGUCGUACAGCGAGGGAAACGAGGAAGACGAUGAAGAAUUGGCUGAAAUAGUGCGGAACAUCAGCACGGAGGAUGUGCAGGAAGCAUCAUCCAAAGACUCGAGUCCAAAUGAAGAGUCGUAAUGUUCCCUCCCCUUCUGAUUUUUGAUGAACAUUCCCUUCGAUAUUCUAGAGAUUGUGACCUUGAACCACUUAGAUUUUUUUUACCUUGUGUGAUAUGAGUCAAAUAUUUUAGGUUUGUUUUUGUUGUUAGCUAAAUGUAUUUAUCAUUUUAUUAACGAACAAUUUCAUCCGAGAACGAGUCUUUUGUUUACUUUUGAUAAUACAUGUGAACCUGAAAUAGUUGAACAAUUCAUAAGUUUGAAAUUUUAAUAGCUCGUUGAAAUUGUAAUCAUUUACACUUUUCAUUAGGAAAGGACCAAUAAUCAUUGAAAAAGGAAAAAGAAUCGUCCAUAUCAUAUUCAUUCACUUCAUUUAAAUAAUUAAUGUAAUAGGGCACAAGUGAGGUAAAUUACUUGGAUGAGUCACAUGUCCAUUUUUUUGAUGGAGAAGAAUAUGAUGUCCCGGCUAUAAUAAUGUCACAAUUCUAAAACUUGUUAAUAAACAUACAGUGUAAUAGCCCUUGGUUUCAAUGAACUUCUGUGAUUUUUAAAGCUUAAUUGAAAAUGCAUCAAUAGUAUUCAGUAUUUUUGAAAGUGCCAUAACCGUGAGUAUCUUGUAUUGAAACAAAAAAUCCUUAACAAUAGGUCAAUUUUCGAACUACAAAUUCAUUGAUAAAUUUUUAAGUUUUAAAGAUGGUUAAAAUACUACUAAAAUUGUGAGAAUUGAGCUUGCUUUCAGUGAUUUCCUUGUGCUUCAUGCAGUGUGUAAACUGCAUAUUACAGGGGAGAUUUCAUCAUACAUGUAUAUUAUAGUAACCAUAUAUCAGAACUCAAUAUGAAGAGUUUUCAAAACUUGUCUCGGCUGAAUUUUGAAGGAAACUCUGUAAUCUGUACAUUGCAAAAGAAAUCCUUGAAAAGAAAAGGAUUACCUUCAAGGGGAUUUACAAGUCACAGCAAUCUCAGACUUGUAAAUAUAAUCAAGGGUAAUAAUCAUUUCUGUUUUGUGCAAUUUUUUCCAUUCAUGUCAUGUAAAUGUAGUUUUGUUCAUUAUUGAUUCAUGUCAACAGCAUAUCAAGUUAUAAACUGAUCAUACUCAUUCACAAAACAUCAACCAACUUUAUUUACAUCUCUUCAUAAUAUACCAAAUUUAAUAGAAACGUUCCCCCCCCCCCCUAAAUGCAUUAUGUACAACACAAUGGGCAUUUACUGGUGUACUCAAGUCUGUUCAAAAUGUACAUCUUACAGUAUAUUACAGUAUAUUAUUAGCUUACUAGGUAGAUACAGUAUGUCUGGUUUUACAUUGUGAUCCGUGUUCCAAUUCCAAGUUGUUUAUAUUACCUUAUAUAAUAAUUCAUUAUAUUAGUUAGAUUUUUUAAUGCAAACUGUUUGCAUGAAAGUGAAAUCACAUCUUCAGAUCUAUAUACAAUGUAUGUGUAUUAGAAGUACUCUGGAUUAACCUUCUUUACAGUCAGUGUGAUGUGUUUUUUAGAAAAACUAUGUUGGUAUAUUUGUGAUGUCAAGUUUGUAAUUGUAGAUUUAUGCUUUAAUGGAGGAAAAUCUCUUAUUAUAAGUGCUGUGUUAUUACAUGUACAUGUAUGUUAACAAAAGUUGAAUUGUUGAAAUAAAAUUAUUAAACAACUGUC